CCCAUACCGGUUGUUUAUACGUCAACGUCAUCACCUAUCGGGAAUAUCAAUAUCAAUUUUUUUUUUUCAUAACUGAUUUUGGACAAUUGAAUUGAGAUUAAUUAUUAUUAUUAUUUCGAGUUUCGACAACUUUCCCGUUCACCGCUCACUGUGACCGUCGCCUAUGGUGCCUGGGCCCGUGGGCUCGGGCGCCUGCGGUACUCGGUAAUGCGGUCUAAACACUAAACAGUAUACAGUAAACUCUAUAGCUGACGACCGAAUGUGAUACAGGCCACAGACAUUGAGACAUUACCUAGCGAGUAACGAUAAAAAGGACUGCGACAGACCGCAGGAUCGACACACUUAUAGUUCAUUCUUUGUUAUUAUUUAAAUAUUAUUGUUGUCUUGUUGUUAUUAUUAUUAUCAUCAUCGUCUUUUAUUACCGUCUUUAUCAUUGGCCGUUGUUGAUUAUUUGUUUAUAUCGCAGCUUAUCGUACGUCGCGACCGUCGCGUACUUGCAUCCCGACAACGGCGGCAGGUACCUGACAGAAUCGACUGUAGUCGAACUUACGCAGUAAGUUAUAUACGCCGAAAAGACUGUAAUCUUGUGCGGUCACUGUAAUGGUGUAAUCGUUAACCAGUGCUCUGUAGUUUGUACCUGUUUUCGCACGUCAUAGGUAUAUCAACUUCCCGUUUCGUUUGGUCUGAGUGUGUGACCUGCCGUCGCAAAUCGUUCUCGAAUUCUCGUUCAGUCGCGACCGACUUUCUUAACGUCCGUGUAAUCAUAAGAAGGUGUAAAAAAAAAAAGAUUCCUAUUCAUAGGUACGAAGCACAAUAUUAUUCGAGUUCGCCAUCCGUGUCGCCCGCGUAUCGCAUCCGUCAGUCUCCUUGAACGUAAGAAUCCAGUGGUGUGUCGACGGAUUCCAUUAGUUGGACGAUACCACGCACACCAUGUACUGGACUGUUCACAUGUAUGGUGGUCCUCGACGGGUUAACCACGCAGCCGUCGCGAUCGGCACAAGCAUUUUCACAUUUGGCGGUUACUGCAGCGGUGUAGACUACAAAAGUUUUAAGCCAAUAGACAUACACGUACUAGACACAGAGAAAUUGAAAUGGUGGAAACUGGAGCUAAAUGAUGAUCAAGAUUGCAAAUGUGUUCCGUUUCAGAGGUAUGGCCAUACAGCCGUUGCUCUUGGAUCUAAUAUUUACCUGUGGGGUGGACGUAAUGACAAUGAAGUUUGCAACACUCUGUACUGUUUCAACACAAUAACUCUAAAAUGGACAAAACCAACUGUAUAUGGAAAUGUACCAGUGCCAAGAGAUGGUCAUUCAGCAUGCAUCAUUCAAAAUUGCAUGUAUAUAUUUGGUGGAUUUCAAGAACACCCAAGUCUAUUUGCUUCAGAUCUAUAUAUGUUGAACUUUCACUCCAUGGUAUGGAGUAUAGUUAAAACAAAGGGACAUCCUCCAUCCUAUCGAGAUUUUCAUACUGCAACCGCUAUUGAUAAUAAAAUGUAUAUAUUUGGUGGCCGUGGUGAUUGGCACGCACCAAGACAAACUGAAAAAGAUAAAUAUUGUUCCAAUAUUUAUUAUUUAGAUACCUCUACAAAAAAGUGGAUACGUCCAAAAAUUCAUGGCACUAAACCUAUAGCACGGCGCAGCCAUUCUGCAUUUGUGUAUAAUGGCUUUUUAUAUAUCUUCGGUGGCUUUAACAAAAACAAGGACUUACAUUUUCAUGACAUAAAUCGAUAUGAUCCAGUUAGUUCUACUUGGAUGAAAAUAUUACCAAAGGGCACACCUCCAUGUGCUAGGAGAAGACAGAUUUGUCAAGUAGUCAAUGACAGAGUGUUUAUAUCUGGUGGUACUAGUCCGCUUUUUCCCACACCAACAAUACCUGCGAGACUGCGGGAAUACGAUCUGGGUGAUAUAAUCUAUAAUGUGGAUCUCAAGGAUCAUGAUGACCUUCAUGUUUUAGAUCUGAAGCCUAGUCUAAAAAAUAUAUGUAUGGUGAAUGUGUGGGAGAAUAUGGAAGAAAUGAAAAUUGAUAAUAUAGAUGACCUACACAUUCCGUUAUCAUUAAAACGUGAUCUGGCUGCCUUUGAUCCUUUUGAAAUUAUGGAUACAGAGAGCAACAUGAUGCAGUCUUAUGAAGAAAAUUUUCCUGUUCUUUCAUAGUAAAUGUUCAACAAAUAACCAAAAUAGAGACAGAAAAUGCACUACUCACAGUAUUUUUUAAACAUUGUUAUUUUAAAUAUAAAAUCCAACAUUUAAUAAUAGUAAAUUAUUGUUAAAACAAAUAACAAAGUAUUUAGUUUUUCAUCUAACAAAAUGCGUAUUUCUUUGACCAUGUCAUGUUUUAAUUUAUAUAAAUUUUAUAUUGUUAUUUGUUAUAGAUAUGUUAUUUAAGGUUUAGAUACUAUUUUACUAAUAUAAUAUAAUUAUUUAUUA